AUGUGGCAAUUUACAGAAACAUUGGGUGAAGGUGCCUAUGGCGAAGUGGUUCUUGCUAAAAAUGUUAAUACAAAUGAAUUUGCAGCUGUUAAAGUUAUUGACAUAAAUCGAUUAAAAGGAAAUGAUGUUGUCAUACGAAAAGAAAUUGAUUUACAUAAAUUAUUUCGACAUGAAAAUAUAAUUCGAUUUUAUGGUUAUAAACAACAAUAUUCAAAUUAUUAUCUAUUUUUGGAAUAUGCUGCUGGUGGUGAACUUUUUGAUAAAAUUGAACCAGAUGUUGGAAUGCCUGAAUAUCUAGCACAACAUUAUUUCAAACAAGUUGUUGCCGGAAUGGCUUAUCUUCACGGUCUAGGUGUUGCACAUCGAGAUCUUAAACCAGAAAAUCUUCUCAUUGCUAAUAACAAUGUACUCAAAAUUUGUGAUUUUGGUUUAGCAACACUUUUUCGUAGCCAAACAACAAAGGACGAACGAAGAUUGACCACGUAUUGUGGCACAGCACCAUAUUCAUCACCAGAGGUAUGGGCAAAAACACCUUAUCGAGGUGAACCCGUUGAUGUAUGGUCAUGUGGUAUUAUUUUAACGGCAAUGCUUACUGGAGAAUUACCAUGGGAUCAACCAUCUUAUCAAAAUCCUGAAUACAAACGUUGGCUAGAUCGAGAUUAUUAUCACAAUCCAUGGAAAAAAAUCGAUAAUAUGAUUCUUAAUCUUCUUCGUCGAAUUCUAAUUCAUGAUCCAGGACAACGUGCUCAAGUCAUUGAUAUACAAAGUCAUCGAUGGAUGUCAAAAGUUUAUCCACAAGAUGGUACAGAAUCAGAUCAUCAACUAUUAAAACGAAUGGCAGUAAAAUACGAAGAACCAUGCUGGUCAUUAACACAACCGAUUCAACGAACAACACCUGUUGUAUCAUCAUCAACAGAUGACUCAAUGGUUAAUUGUAUAUCACAACCAAUUAAACUUGAUGAUCUUAUUUUAAUAACUGAACCAAGAUCACUUACUGAAAUGGGUGAUAAUGAUCCAUCAGAACAUCUUGUACAUCGUAUGACACGAGUUGUAUUAGCAAUAUCAUUUGAUGAAACAAUUUAUUUACUCAAUCGAUUAUUUGUUCAUACAGGUUAUACACCUAAACGUACAGCUGGCAAUCAAAUAACUGUUGUUACACAAGAUAAACGACAUACUGAAUUAAUAUUUAAAGUGAAUGUAUUCAAAAUUCCUGAUUCAAAAAUUAUGGCUGAUUUUCGUUUAUCAAAAGGUGAUGGUAUUGAAUUUAAACGUAAAUUUGUUGAAAUACGAGAACGUCUUGUUCAAUUGGCAACUGCAUGGUCAAAUGGUGGUGGUGGUUCAGCUUGUUUUAAUCAUUCAGAUACAUCAUCAACAUUGACUGCUGGAAAUAACAGUGCCAAUCAAUUACAAGAAGCAAUGGAUACAUAG